CACCCCCUAAAUUGGUGUUUGAGGGAGCCCUUAUCCUCCCCUCUAUUCCCGGCCACACACUAGCUAAUAAUAUAAAAAAAUGGUAAAGAACUAUAUUUCAUACUUAUAUAUUUAAUUAAGAAACACCGACGAGUAGAAUAUAUUGUUGGAGCAACAAAUCAUGGAGCAGUACUGGGACGACGAUCUACUCAUCGCGGCUCAAUCCGACUUAUGGAACCACCUGUUCGUCUUCCUCAAAUCCAUGUCGCUCAAGUGCGCCGUCGAGCUCGGCAUACCCGACGCCAUCCACCGCCACGGCGGCCCCACCUCCGUCCCCGACCUCGUCGCCGCGCUCGAUCUCCCAGCCGCCAGACUUCCGCAGCUCCGCCGCCUCAUGCGCAUGCUCGCUUUCUCCCGCAUCUUCACGAGGCAGACGUCGGAAGACGCCGCCGGCGGGGAGGAGGAGGAUUUGUACGGCCUCACGCCGACGUCCCGCCUGCUCGUCGACGACGCCGGAGGCCGCCGCAGCCUCGCNGCCCCCCACACCGCCCCCUCGGGCGGCGUCGGCAGUUUCAAAGGGCAAGGACGAAUAGCCGAAUCUGGAUUUAAGAAUCCUCGGUGGGUUGACGGCGAACUGCUCCAGCUCAAUGGCAAGCUUGGAAGGAUAUGCCUUGACAUUUUAAAGGACAAAUGGAGUCUUACUCUCCAGACACGGACAGUUCUAUUGAGUUAUUUGAAUGGAACUUCCAUAUUCAGCAAUUAUCGAACUGUUUAUCUUGUCUGCCUCAUUCAAUCCCUUCGUGCAUUAGUUUUGGGCCGAGAUGUCUACAUCCUGAUUUAUAAGUCACAGUGGGUUCUGCAUGACUGGGACGACGAGGAUUGCGUGAGGAUAUUGCGGCGGUGCAAGGAGGCGAUCCCACCGAGAGAGGCCGGAGGAAAGGUUAUUGUCAUCGAGCCAGUGAUCGGGUCGAGCCCCGAAGAGAAGUCGACGGCGGCGCAGCUCUUCAUCGACAUGUGGAUGAUGAUCCAGGCUGGGGGACGUGAGAGAGACGAGCUGGAAUGGCGCAAAAUAUUCACUAAGGCAGGAUUCAGUGAUUACAAGAUUGUUGCCACGCUUGGUUUCCGAUCAGUUAUUGAGGUGUAUCCUUGAAAUAAAAUUUAUUUUAAGAUGAACUUUUUAGGCGGACUUGGAGCUUGUUAUGAAUUUCGGAUUGUUGGGUUAAAUAAUUGAGGCUUUUGCUUCUUUAUCCCUUA